AGCAGAUGAACAACCACCAGGCAGGAGCGCCUCCGUUCAGCUACUAUGGAGCAACAAGCCAGAGCUCAGACUGGAGACAUGUACAAGUUUGUGCCACAGAAAUCUAGCAGAUUUAUACAAAAUAUGUUUGUCUAUUGAAGAAAAACAAGGAAGGAAAAAAGAGAGGAGAGUGGCAACAAAAAGCUUUUUAUGAGGAUGAAACCAAUGUUAGUGUUCCAGUGAUUUUGUCUGCAUCAACAUCAAGUCGAGUGAGAAAAAAGGCUGAGAAAUGGAUACACAUAAGAAAAUGUAUCAUGAGAAAGCAGCGCUGAUAACGGAUGCGAGUCAGACCUGAGCUCAUACUUUCUCCCUGUCCAGCAACAGUACUUUAAUGGUUGGAACUGUCCGCCCCAAGCUACAUUACUGCCCUCGCAGACACAGCCUGAUGAUCACCGGUGCCAUGGGAGCGGUGCGGGUAAAUAGAUACAGCAUCGUUGCCACAGAUGAAGAUGUCCUGAAGAUCUCCAGCCUGGGCCUCCACAAUGGCCACAGUCCUCUGAAUCAACAGAUACUGUCUGGAACCUGUAUGCGGGGUGAGGAAGGAGGAGGAGAGUGUCCAGGAGGGAACGAGGGAAGAGGAGCUUUGUCUUUGAGAGUGACAAAUGAGCCCAUCAUCCACAGCAGCUGCCGAGCUUCACCUUCAUGUCAUCUCGGUCUUGAUCUGGGCUCUGGCCGCCUGCGCAGCCGCUUUGUGAAGAAGAACGGCCAGUGCAAUGUGGUAUUCAACAACAUGGAGGGUAAGCCACGACGAUACCUGGCUGACAUUUUCACUACCUGUGUGGACAUACGCUGGCGUUAUCUUCUGCUCAUUUUCACUACCACUUUCCUUCUUUCUUGGCUGUUGUUUGGCGUGGUUUUCUGGGGAGUGGCACUAAUUCAUGGAGACUUUAAUCUUCAUAUUCCUUUGGAGGAAGGGGAUACCCAAAGCAACGGAGAAGGCGAAUGGCGCCCAUGUAUUCUCCACAUCCAGGGGUUCAUUGGAGCAUUCCUAUUCUCGAUAGAGACUCAGACCACCAUUGGAUAUGGUUUCCGAUGUGUCACUGAAGAGUGCCCAGUUGCUGUUGUGACCGUUGUGGUUCAGUCGAUUGUGGGCUGCAUUAUUGACUCUUUCAUGAUUGGCACCAUCAUGGCAAAGAUGGUGCGGCCCAAGAAGCGGGCACAGACCUUGCUGUUUUCGCAUUAUGCCGUCAUUGCUAUGAGAGACGGUAAGCUGUGCCUCAUGUGGCGCCUGGGGAACAUGCGCAAGAGCCACAUUGUUGAAGCACAUGUGCGUGCUCAGCUCAUUAGGCCACACGUAACGGCAGAGGGCGAGUAUCUCCCUUUGGAACAAACAGACAUUGAUGUUGGCUAUGAUGACGGGCUGGAUCGGCUGUUCCUGGUAUCGCCACUGGUUGUGGUCCACGAGAUCAAUGAGAACAGUCCUCUGUAUAACAUGAGCCGCGCCGACUUGCUCAAGGAAGAGUUUGAGAUUGUGGUCAUCCUGGAGGGGAUGGUGGAGGCCACAGCUAUGACCACACAAGCCCGGAGCUCCUACUUGUCCAAGGAGGUCCUGUGGGGUCACCGCUUUGAGCCUGUGGUAUUUGAGAAGGGUGCGCGCUACCACGUGGACUAUUCCCGUUUUCAUAAGUCCUACGAAGUGCCAUCUACGCCUCACUGCAGUGCCAAGGAACUGAGUCAGAUGAAGGGCCGUGGCGGGCAAUCCUCAUCCUCCAGCUCGAGUUACUCCAGGUCUCCAUCACCAUUUACAAAGAGGGCAGCCCGCCACCUCAUGGGCCCUCACUCCCCCAGCGCUUUCUGCUACGAGAACGAGGUAGCUUUGUGCUGCGGGGAUGACGAGGAUGAGGAGAAUGUGAAAGAGGAGGCAGGGAGCCUGAACAUCAGAAGUGAAAGAGAGGACAUUCAUUUGGGUUUCAAAGAGACAUUUGUGGAGGAGCAGAAGGUGGAGAUGCUGUGUGUUCUGGACACGGAGAAUCAGAUCAGCCUUGACAGACUACAGCCUACCCUACCUUUAUACAUUAGCAGAGAGUCAGGGGUCUAAUCAAUGAUCAUGGCUGCACUUACAAAUGUUUAUUCUUUGUCCGUGUGCAUCCAACCAAAGUAUUGAACUAGUGUACAAAUUAAAGAUGGAGGAGGCGUGUGGUGCAGUGGACUAGUGCAUUGGUGUUCGGAUCAGGUGGUCACAGGUUCAAACCCCACUGCAGUCAGCAUGUUGUUGUGUCCCUGGGCAAGACACUUUACCCCAAAUUGCUCCUGUGGGGAUUGCCCACAGUAUUGAGUAUGUAAGUCGCUUUGGAUAAAAGCGUCUAACAUGUAAUGUAAUGUAAUGACAUUUAAAUUGUAUUCCUCGAGGAUGAAAUGGUUAUUUUUUCACAAAAUCCACUCAUACUGUAACUUAUAACUUUCUCUUGUUUCAGACAUUAUACACCUUCAGUUGUAACAUCAGCAUCUAAACAACGCACAGCUCAUCUACUUUUAAACAUGGUGACCAGGUAUUUCUCUCAAAUCAUGAGGUAUCUUGAACAUUUUAUUGCUUUCUUGUUUUAUUCAUUAUGACAGUGUAUGAUAUAAAGUUAAGUCAAGCAUUUUGUUCUUGAUUUCCAUUCAGUUUUUGUAAAUAGUAUGCUUUUGUUUAAUUUUGAAAUGGUUAUGCAUCAAAUAAAUACAUGUUAUGGGAAAGCCAUGUAUUUUAAAGGCAGCAUGAUGCACAUGCUCACACUGCCACACAAUUAUUUUCUCUGUCAAAAUAAAUUAUUUAUUAAUUUUCAUCUGCUCUCUUCCUGCCUGAGUUCUGUUACUUUUCAUUUGAUAAAAAGCUUUUUAUCUCAUUAUAGACAAUCAGGUAAAAAAUAAUUAAAUCCUGAUCCAAGAAACAGUAUUCAAAUGUGUUUGUCAAACACAGUUGAAGAACAAGCACUUUAUAAUUACUCUUAUCAUUAGAUAUAAACACUUUGCAACAGUGUGGAUGAACAAAGCACCUAAUAAA